UUGUUGUGCAUAGUACCUUAGAGUUAUUGGUAACAGCAUAAAAUCAUAAAAAGAUUUGAAUUAGUAUGUGUGACAUUUUUUCAUGAUUUAUCCUUAGUCAACAGACAGUACAUAAAAAAAUGUAUGCUUAGAAUAGAAAAAAGAAAAUCAUCAUAAUUGAGAUUUGAAUUUAAAAGGGCCAUCAUUACAUAUAUAGAGUUUCAGCUUGAGGUUAACUGUUAUGUAAAGUUAAACUUCCCAUUUUUUAAAAUAAUGACACGGUUCUCUUUUUACCUCAGUACAAGGGCAUGUACAUGUAGAUAACUAGUGAUUAAAUAAUUAAAAGUAAUCAUCAACUGCUGUUAAAUCACUUUUGCAGCAAAUAUCUAAAUAUUAUUUCAUUAUUGUGGUGCACGCAACAAUAAAUUCCAGACAUGACCUUGGUAAUUUCCCAAAUUCCUUUUACUGCAAACCUCUUCCUCAUUGCAAAAGGCAAAAGAAAAACAAUUUUGACAUCAUGUGUGGAAAUGGAAAACCCACAGGUCUUGUUCGGUGAGGUUUUUCCAUCAUGGGAGGUAUAAAGUCUGGUGUUUGCUAAUCUUGCACACAUACCGCACAGAGAUUAAGUCAGAAGCAAUGGCCCAGAUUAAUGGUGCAGCUGUUACAUUUCUGCUACUUCUGACAGUCAGUCUGUUCUGUCAAGACACUGUUGCUUGGGCAUGCUGCAGACGAUAUUCCAAAGGACAGCUGCCUAUUUCAUUAAUCCGGGGUUAUACAAUCCAAACCAUCCACACAAACUGCAACAUCAAUGCAAUCAUUUUCCACACCUAUGGAGGUAGAAAAGUGUGUGUUAAUCCAUAUCAGUCCUGGGUAAAAAACAGCAUCCAGAAACUAAUGACAAGAGUGCAGUCUUUGAAGAAGCAAGAAAAAGAGCAUUGAAAAAAGAGAAGCUAAUAUUAUAUUAAGAAUGUCUAUCUAUCUAUAGAUGUAUGAUAUAAUAUAUUGAGAGGGAUUUUUAUUGAUUCCUAUAUAAUUCUUAAUGAAGAAGC